GUAUUUGGAAUCAAUCGGACAUAUACCUCAGCGGUAUUUCUCAUCUGCGCCUGCGUCGAGAAGUUUUUGUUCCUUUUUCUUUACUUGUUUCCUUCUAUUUUCGUGUGAAUACUGUACACUAAAAUACACUAACAAUGGCUCAAGAUCAAUCAGCUUUACUGCUGAGGAAACAGUUAGCUGACCUGAACAAAAAUCCUGUUGAAGGAUUUUCAGCUGGAUUGAAAGAUGACAAUGACCUGUAUAUUUGGGAGGUAGUGAUCAUUGGACCACAGGACACACUGUUUGAAGGUGGUAUGUUCAAAGCAGAACUGACAUUCACAAAAGACUAUCCCCAGAAGCCACCUAAGAUGAGAUUUAUUACCAAGAUGUUUCAUCCAAAUAUUGGCAAGGAUGGAAGUGUGUGUAUAUCUAUUCUUCACGAGCCUGGAGAUGAUAAAUAUGGUUAUGAGUCUGCCUCAGAGAGGUGGCUGCCUAUACACACUGUAGAAACAAUCAUUGUGAGUGUAAUCUCAAUGCUGGCUGAACCCAAUGAUGAAUCACCAGCUAAUGUUGAUGCUGCAAAAAUGUGGAGGGAGGAAAACAAAGAAUUCAGACGUGUUGUUUCAAGAUUAGUGAGAAAAAGUCAGGAAGAUGUUUCUUAAUACUUGUUAAAUUAGAUUUUAAAUAAAUUUUCCAUUUGAUAUGGGAGUUUGAAACAUGUCAUCAGGGAUUUAAAUGCAAUAUCUCCAAGAUUGUAAACCAUGCCUUCAAAAAGUACAGCCAAGGUUUUUUUCUAGGGAGUAAAUUAUAUAUACAUUUAUUGCAUUUCUGUAUAGCAAGUGUUAAGGCAUUGAUGAUGAUAUAAAUGCUGUUUAUUAUAUUAUAAGUAAAAUAUUGUUGAUCAUUUUGCAGGGAUUGUGUAGUAGAAAGAAUUAAAUUCUAUUAACAUAAUUAAGAUAUUUAUCUGUUGAUAAAGUAAUGAAUUUUUAUUCUCCAAAUUUUUGAAAUUGUCUCAACAAAGAAUUGUUAUCAAGGUUAAAUGAGAGAUUAAUCUACAGUAAUGGAUUUAUUGCGGCAAUUGACUAUACAGUAUUAUCUCUUCAGGGCAUCAUUUGGAGACAAAUGUUGUUGCUGAGGGUAAUGCUCUCGAUGAUUUUCCUGCUUAUAUAACAGACUGCGAUAAAAGGCCUCUUCCCAAUUAAAAUUUUCUUUAAAAUCUUUUGCAGUUUUCCCAAAAAUUUAAACUUAAACCUGCUUUUUUACUUCCCAAAUUAGCAAUUUUAGUGAUAAUUUUUCCCAAAUCAAGUGGCUUAGGCCUCUUCCCAGUUAAGAGAGAAAAAUCACUGGCUCUGGAAAGGGUUAACUUAUUAUAGAGUCUUCCUUUAGAAAGAGUUAUUGGUGUUGCUUUAAAGAGGUUGUUGCUGUACAGAGGUCAGCUUUGCAAAGGUUGCACUAUAUUUGGUUAAUGUUUUAUAAGUUGGUUUAACUGUAUCAUUUCAUGGGCAUGGAGUCAUUUACUCAACUAUAAAGCUGAAAAAUGACAUAUUUUGAUUUGAGCUACUUUGACCAUAUAACUUUUGUUCUUAUGAAAAAAAAACUUGAUUAAUAGUUAUGCCUUUUUUACGCUAAGAAAAUCUUAAUUUAGUUUUAUAUAUUAAAAGUAAUAUACUUGUUAAAGAGUGAUUGCCGUAAUUACUUCAUUACUGGAGAGGUAAUUCCAAAGGAUCGGAUGACUAUGUUGUUGAUAAGAAUCAUUAAAUUUGGUAUUUUCAUAAAUUUGGUAUUUUCAUGUACGUGGGCCAUUUUAAAAGUUUUAAUCUGAUUACCAUUUUAUACCUUGUAAUACAGUCACAAUAGUGUUACUUUGACAUGACAAGAUGUAGUCUAUAAUGUCUGUUUAUAUAAUGUAUGAUAUUUAACAAGUUAAGUAUUUUAAAGCAAUGCUGUUAUGCCUUCCUGUAUUGAAGUAUAAUGUAACAACAGUGUUGCAAAUAUUUAUUUGUGAUAAAACUUUUUUGAUGGCCCACAAAAUACAUCCCUACUUCUGUGUUUUCCACAUUUUUCAGGUAUAUUUGUUAAUUAUGCAUAUUGUGCUUUUAAUAGUUGUAAUUUUGUGCACCAAUGAAAUGUUCUUUAUUUUUGAUGAACUGUUGUAUGUUUGAAACAUAUUUUUGAAUUUUGAUGCUUGAAAUAGCUUACGCAUUAAAAAUGCUUCCCAAAGAUUAAAAAUAAAGGCUCCAUAUCACUUUACAAAGUUACAUGUUUGCUUGAUUAUGUUGAUACAGUUUUUUUUCUGCAAAAUGUCACCACUGUACUGUAAUGGUUGUAUAAAAAAAUUAUACCAGUCUAAAAUCUCUACAAUCUAAUUGUUUGCAAUUCUUAUCAGUUAUGAAAAUACUAACCAGUGAAGAGCUUCAAAUUUUGCAGUGUGUUUAAAUGCCUUUUUUCAGCAGCUAAAACAUGUAUAUUCAGAGUGUCAUUUACUUGUGUGAAUAAUAUUUUGUGGACUUCAUGCACAAUGAAUUAUAUCUUCUUGUAUAUUAUGUAUAAUAUUAUAAAGUUUGCAUUAAGCCGUUGAUUAGUUUUGACAUGUGAUUGUUACAUGUGAUCUUUAUUAAUAUUCUUUUCAUUGUCAUUGCUCUCCAAAGAUUUUAAAGGCACAAACUAUUGCCAAUUUGUCAACAUUUCCCUGUCUAAUACCGCCUCCGUGGUCGAGGGGUUAGAGUCGAUGACUUCUAAUCCAGUUACCUCUCUGGGCUGGGUUCGAUCCCCGGGAGAUGCUUUUGUAGUUUAGCACGGAGGAAGGUAGUCUAGUACUGGUGUAACUCUCCAGGAACGAUGGUUAGGAAACUACCCGCUUAUAUGACUGAAAUACUGUUGGGAAACGUAAAAUGAAACAAACAAACAAUCUUUCUUAGUAACACAGACUGGUGUCUUAAGGUAUUUGAUAUUUGUCUAUACUCUUGGGGUGAAUCAAGGUCACAGUGGCUAAAAAUAGAUUUUUACUACGUUUACUCAUCAAAAAGACUGUGCUUUAAACUAUGUUGGAGGUCAUGUCAGGAAUGCAGCCAUCAGUUAUACCUAUAUUCUUGUAUCCAUUGUAAUCUUACAUACAGUACAAGUUACUUCUUUUUGUCUCGGACUUUAUUAUGGCAAGAAUCUCAAAAACUUGAAAUAAAAAUUUUGCUAAGAAGGAAGGUUAAGUAUAAAUGCAUUGUACAAGUUAUAUUAAGGUUUGUUUGUCCUGUAUAAUGUACAAAUAUGUACUCAUUAUUAUUUGAAUUUACUGUAGACUACUGUUUUAAAGGCCAAAACAAAUAAGCUUUGCAAAUUUAAUAAGUCUCAACUUAACAGUGCUUUUUUGUUGAAAUGUUUAAUGUACUUUUGUGUAAGUUUUGAGAAAGAAAUACUCAUUUAUUGCUGACACAAAGAAACAUUUUUCACAUUCACUAAGUUUGACUAGGUUUGGACAAAAGUUAGCUUAUAGAUAUUAAUACCCAGUUGCCAUUGU